AAAAAAAAAAAAGUUUCCUAACUUUAGUUCGAGCUUAACCUAGUCAGUCGUCUAUAUAUUCGAAGCAGCCGCAUUGCCAUACACUGAGAAAAUACAGAACUUCAUUGUCUUCUUGAAUCUACAAUUCUCUCAAAUCCCCGUCGAACCGGCUUGUCAGCUUUCUCCCCUCCAUUAAGAUCAAUGGCAGUUACAUUCUACGAUUUGAGCUCUGAUGCUGGUUUGAAAAAGCUCGAUGAGUACCUCCUUAGCAGGAGUUACAUUACCGGUUACCAAGCCUCCAAGGAUGAUCUCACUGUGUAUUCGGCUGUCCCGAAAAAAUCUUUGGAUUCAUAUGUGAAUGUAUCUAGGUGGUACAAACACAUUGAUGCGCUACUGAGGAUCUCUGGUGUGUCCGGUGAGGGAUCAGGUGUUACAGUUGAGGGAAAUGCUCCCGCCUCUGAUGUAGCUACGCCUCCUGCUGUCGACACUAAGGCAUCAGCUGCUGAUGAUGAGGAUGACGAUGAUGUUGAUCUCUUUGGUGAAGAGACCGAAGAGGAGAAGGCCGCUGCUGAAGAACGAGCAGCUGCUGCUAAGAAGUCUGCUAAAAAGAAAGAAUCUGGCAAGUCAUCAGUCUUGUUGGAUGUGAAGCCAUGGGACGAUGAAACCGACAUGGUGAAGCUCGAGGAAGCUGUCAGGAGUGUUCAUCAGGAGGGUUUGCUAUGGGGAGCAUCCAAACUUGUCCCAGUUGGUUAUGGUAUCAAGAAAAUGACCAUCAUGAUGACAAUUGUGGAUGACUUGGUCUCCGUUGAUGAUCUUAUCGAGGACCAUUUGACAGCCGAGCCAAUCAAUGAGUAUGUUCAGAGUUGUGAUAUUGUUGCCUUCAACAAGAUUUGAGAGGGAUUAUGAUGUUCUGCAUCUCCAAAAUCAAAAUUUUAUCUAGUAAUUUUGUUACUGUUUUGUUUGGGAUCUAAUUAAGUUCUCAGAGAAACUGGCUUUGCAUCCAUGUCGAGCUGUUUGCUUCAAGACUUAUAAGAAUUAGCAUGAUACUAUAUUUUUUUGUUGCCUAUUUUCUCCCCGUAGUUUGAAUUUGUUUAAACUGCCUGCUUGGGUUGUAUUGUUUUGGUGCAAAGUUACAUGCUAAUUCGUCUAUUUAA